GACCGUUUAUAGCUCUGCUGACUCCACUUUAUCUCCUUCCUUCCAUGAUCUUUCAUCGUUUCGGUACCACCUGCUCCAUCUAACCUCUUUGGUAGUCUGGCAAGAUGUCACAUCCUUUCACCGGCGCCUCCGGCAAGGGCGAGAAGACACCCUCACCUUCUUACACCGGUCCCGCACGCUAUACUCUCACUCCCAGGACACAGCGCAUCCUGUUGGUCGCGAAAUGGAUUGCAACCUUUGUCCUCGCAUACAUCGCCUUUGACACUUCCCGCUCGCAAAGGAAGGCUCGAGAGAACGAGAUCGAGGGCUCUACUUGGGAGGAUUUGUCCGACUCGCUUGUUGCUUGGUUUCAGCAGGAACCCACCUCUACACGAUUGGCCGGCACCUCUUGGGCAGCUGAGGAGGCUGCUGGCGGACGCUGCCCUCAGCAGGACCCCUGGAAGAGUGCAGAGGAUGGAAUCGAAGUGACGUUUCCAGAGACGCAAGUCCUGGCAGAGCGACUCAGCGGGGGUGUACAGAUCGACACGAGUGUACACGACGAUGAGCCAUCUCCUCAGGAAGAUCCCGAGAGCUGGAAAGCCCGCUUCUCGCCUUUCCGAGACUAUCUCCGUACCACUUAUCCAGGCAUUCAUGCUGAUGAGGGUCCCGUCAAGCUGGAGCUAGUCAAUGAGCAUGGACUCCUGUACACGCUCCAGGGCUCGGAUGACUCUCUGAAGCCCCUGCUCCUCAUGGCGCACCAGGACGUUGUGCCCGUCGACCCACAGACCGUGGACGAUUGGACUUACCCGCCCUUCUCUGGAGCAAUCGUCAACGGCACAGUCUGGGGUCGAGGCUCAACAGACGCAAAAGCCUGGCUGUUCAGUAUCCUUUCUUCCAUCGAGGCACUCAUUGACUCUGGUUUCAAACCGCGGAGGACAGUGCUCAUCUCAUUUGGGUACGACGAGGAAGCACAGGGGAGGUACGGCGCCAAGUACAUUGCAGACCGCAUUGCGGAGCGCUACGGCAACGACUCAUUGGCAAUGAUUGUCGAUGAGGGCAACCCUGUUGUACCGGCUACUGAGCCCAAUUCGCUCGGCUUCCCGAUUGCCCUCCCCGCAGUGGAAGAGAAGGGCAAUAUCCACAUUCGUGUCAAGAUUGAGGGAAGAGGAGGACACUCCUCCUCUCCCCCUGAUAGGACAACGAUUGGCUUGCUCUCCGAGUUUGUCAGCAGCCUUGAGACGGGGGAAAACCUCCGACCGCCCGUCAUUCCUGACCUGGAGAGCGCACAUUUGAAGAUGCUUCACUGUGCUCGGCUGCCAGCUGUGGUGGACAAGGCAUUGAAGGAUCUCGACGCAGCUGCUCGCUCCUCCUUUGAGGACCUCCGAGCCAUGAGUGAACUUUUCUCAGGCAAGUACCUCACCCUCCGUCUGCUCCAACUCAGCGGAGCCCUCACUCCCAGCAGCAAGCAGCGUCGCAUCGCCAAAGCCGAAGCUGCUCUUCUCUCUGUCCUUCCCGAGGACCUCAAGCUUCCCUGGUCCACUACACAGACGCCUACCGUCUUCCAUGGCGGAAUUAAGCUCAACGCCAUUCCCACGUCGGCCCAAGUAGAGAUCGACCACCGCAUCGCACUGCACCAGACGCCCGAGGGGGUGAUGCAGUGGUACAAGACGCACCUGACGCACUUUGCCCAGAAGCACGACUUGGUUCUGUACGCCUUUGGACGGCAAGUAGUCUUGCCAGAGAUGUGGUUGGCGAGUGCGAAAGAGACAAUGCCCAAGGUAGGUACAGUACACAUAGAAGUUGUCUCCUCGUCGGCACCUGUGCCCCGAUCCCCCCUGUCGGGACCAGAAGCAGCACCCUGGCGUCUCUUCUCCUCUGUCAUCCGAUCCGUAUGGUCUGUCCCUGCAGACUCCUACACACCGCGAGGAGAUGACAGCACUGUCCUCACCAAGGGAGAAGUACCCAUUAUCGUCUCUCCCUCUCAAAUGCGCGGCAAUACCGACACGCGUCACAUGCUCUCCCCUCUGCACCCUCUCUCGCGACACGUCUUCCGCUUCGGACCUGCAUCGGCUCUGCCUGAUCCAAAAGGCCGAUCUCAAUUUGCAGGUGUACAUAAUGUUGAUGAGUUCUUCAGGGUGGAGGGACUGGAGAGGGCGGUCAGGUUUUAUGCGGACUUGGUGAGGGCCGUCGAUCAGACGCGGGAGUUUUGAGGAGAAGGUAAAGGAAGUAGAAGGGUGAAGGGAGGGGAAGUACAAAUGUGUACAUUGCUUUCGUCUUUCACAUCCAUAGAAGGAACUCAUAUCAUGGAAAAUGUAGUGCAACAUUUGACCAAAGGGCAGCA